GAAGACUGCUCAUCUUCUGUUUUCCUCUUCUCAGAAAGUUGACCACCGCAAACAUCAUGAGAAAGUCAUAUUCAAUCUCUGGCUCUGGCAGCAGCAUCAGGAGGUCCUUUGCACCAAAUAGCAGCUACUCUGUAAACAGAUCCAGUUAUGGUGCUGGAGCUGGAGCUGGAGCUGGAGCUGGAGCUGGUGGUUUUGGUUCUGGUAUGUCUUCAAUGGGUGGUAGUUAUGGAUUUAGUUCUAGCCAAGCAGGCGGCUACAUUGCUCCACAGAUUACCGCUGUCCAAGUCAACCAGAGCCUGCUGGCCCCUCUGAAUCUGGAUAUUGACCCAUCCAUCCAGGUUGUCCGCACCCAGGAGAAGGAGCAGAUCAAGACCCUCAACAACCGCUUCGCCUCCUUCAUCGACAAGGUUCGUUUCCUGGAGCAGCAGAACAAGAUGCUGGAGACCAAAUGGAGCCUCCUGCAGGACCAGACCACCACCCGCUCCAACAUUGAGGGCAUGUUCGAGGCCUACAUUGCCAACCUGCGCAGACAGUUCGACGGGCUUGGCAAUGAGAAGGGCAAGCUGGAGGGAGAGCUGAGAAACAUGCAGGGCCUGGUUGAGGACUUCAAGAGGAAGUAUGAAGAUGAAAUCAACAAACGUGCAGCUGCAGAGAACGAGUUUGUGAUCCUGAAGAAGGAUGUUGAUGCAGCCUACAUGAACAAGGUGGAGUUAGAGGCCAAAGCUGAUGCUCUUCAGGAUGAGAUCAACUUCCUCAGGGCCGUCUAUGAGGCUGAGCUUCGUGAACUGCAGGGCCAGAUCAAGGACACCUCUGUCGUCGUGGAGAUGGACAACAGCCGUAACCUGGACAUGGACUCUAUUGUGGCUGAAGUGCGUGCUCAGUAUGAGGACAUUGCCAACCGCAGCAAGGCUGAAGCAGAGACCUGGUACAAACAGAAGUAUGAGGAGAUGCAGAGCUCUGCCGGACAGUACGGUGAGGACCUGCGCUCAACCAAGACUGAGAUUUCUGAGCUGAAUCGCAUGAUCGCCCGUCUUCAGAAUGAGAUUGAGGCUGUCAAGGGACAGAGGGCCAGCCUGGAGGCUCAGAUCGCAGAGGCGGAGGAGCGUGGUGAGCUGGCAGUGAAGGAUGCCAAGCUCCGCAUCAGGGACCUGGAGGAUGCUCUGCAGAGAGCCAAGCAGGACAUGGCUCGCCAGGUGCGUGAGUACCAGGAGCUGAUGAAUGUCAAGCUGGCCCUGGACAUCGAAAUUGCCACCUACAGGAAACUGCUGGAAGGAGAGGAGAGCAGACUGGCCAGCGGAGGUUCAAAUGCAACCAUCCAUGUGCAGCAGACAUCUGGAGGUGGUGGAUAUUCCAACUCCAGCGCCAGUGGUGGAUUCGGCUAUGGUGGUGGCAGCAGCUAUGGUGGUGGCAGCAGCUAUGGUGGUGGCAGCAGCUUCGGUGGCAGCAGCUUGUCUGGUGGUUAUGGUGGUUCUGUUACCAAGUCCACAGUCUCAUCAACCAGUUCCAGGAGAUAUUAAAAAGGAGAGCCGUCCCUCAUCCCCUUCAGAAACCCUUGAGUUUGAUCUAAAUCUGUACCCACUCAUGGUGCUAUGCAAUAUUGUUAAGCAUGAUCAACAAUACAGCUCAAUAAAUUGUGUUACUCUGUUCUGUUUAACAUCAUUCAACAAGAGUUUCUGAAGGUAAACACGACCUUAGACAAACAUCUUUCUUCACUGACAUGUAACAAAUAAGAAAAAAGAAAAAAACACAAAGGUUUUGAUGGAGUGUUAAAACUAAGCAAGGGAACAUUUGAACAUCUACUCAAUCUUCGAUAUAAUUUUAUUCACUGUAGUGCUCUGAUAAGUCGUCAUUCCUACAUUUGAGUUGUGUUAUAGGUAAGGGGAGCAAGUCACUGACCAGAUCCGAUCACCAGAGAAAUUCCCAUAAAUGUAAUUUGUUUGACUUUACAUGUUUACAGUUUCAAUUUGAACUGAUUGGCUACUAGCUUGUUCGUCUUACUGUUCUGUCAAAUGGUUCCAUGUUUAGUUUUGCAUUUCCCUUCCUUUAAGAUAAGCUAUGUCGAAACCAGAUUGAUUUAGUAAAAGCCUUCCUACCAACACGACUGAUGAAUGUUGCAGCAAAUUACAUCAAAUGAAUCAAAAAUAAAUA